UAAGGUGAGCGUGAGCGCCACAGACGAAGCAAACUAUAUUUGUAAAACUGCGCAAUAAAAGGAUGCGCAAAUUAAGUGCAACUACGGUAGCAGCCCCAUGCCUUUUAAGAUCUGAAAGUUGAGAGGUCGGGGGGCGUGGCUGUUUUGUAACUACCUGCGGGAGCUUCACCUUGGCUCGAAAAUCCAGCAUGGCGCUUCAGUCUCGGGCUUUGGUGGCGGCGAAGUGGCUGGCCGAUGCAGUGAAAAGCAAUCGGAUCGGACCCGGCCUGCGGGUCCUGGACACCUCCUGGUAUCUGCCGAAGCUCAAGCGGGACGCCCGAAAGGAAUUCAAGGAGAGGCACAUCCCCGGCGCCUCGUUUUUCGACAUCGACCGGUGCUGUGACAGGACUUCUCCCCUGGAUCACAUGCUGCCCACCGAGAACGAGUUCGCGGAUUAUGUGGGCUACCUGGGCAUCGGGAACGACACCCACGUUGUCGUGUACGACGCCAGCGACUUCGGGAGCUUCUCGGCGCCGCGGGUGUGGUGGAUGUUCCGGGUGUUCGGGCACAGCUCGGUGUCGCUGCUGGACGGCGGGUUCAAGAACUGGAUCCGGGAAGGACACCCCGUCAGCUCGGAGUACUCCAAACCCGUGCCUUCGGAGUACCGGGCGACACUCAAGCGCUCUUGGGUAAAGACGUACGAGGAUAUGCUGGAUAAUCUAGAGACCAAGCAGUUUCAGGUGGUGGACGCCAGACCCGAAGGCAGAUUCCGGGGAAUCGAACCAGAACCGAGAGACAACACAGAACCGGGCCACAUCCCCGGCUCCACCAGCAUGCCCUUCCUCUCCUUCCUGAGCCCCUCGGGCCACGAGAAGCCCCCCGAGGAGCUGGCCGAGAUGUUCCGCGAGGCCGGGGUGGACCUGCGGCUGCCGCUGACCGUGACCUGCGGCUCGGGGGUGACGGCGUGUCAUGUGGCCCUGGCGGCCUUCCUGUGCGGACACCCGGAGACGGCGGUGUACGACGGGGCCUGGUCGGAGUGGUACACGAGGGCCCUCCCGGAACACGUCAUCUCUGAGGGCAGGGGCAAGCACGUCUGAAGACGGGGUUUUUUGGGGUUUUUUGGGGUGUGGUGGGGUGGGGGGGCAAGUCUAUUGAGCUGCCAAUUUUCCUGCAAGCUACAGAGCUCCGCUACAUGAGACGGAGUCGCCUUCGGGGUGCGAGAGACACAAUACCAAGCACAAAACGGAGCAGGCACAAACAAGGCAGUGGCGUGCUCUUGUGUGUGGGAGUGUCAUUUAGGCUUGAGGCAGAUGCCACUUUAUUUUGGGGGUGCUUGUUGUAAAAUAGCAGGGCUCUGUGCGUCCAUAAUUGGACGUUUAUUGUUGGAAGCUCAGAUCCUCCUGAUUAUCUAGCAUUUGCUACUUUGCACUAACAAAAAAGCACCCUUUUCUCUCUUUCCUUUACUGCAGGGUGUUUCCAUUCUAGGCUUAAUUGAUUAGUCCUUUGCAAUGGUCCCAGGUCCUGAUUUUUUUUUUCCUGUUUUCAAGCUGUUAAAGGUAGUCUUCAGUCUCUAGCAACUGAAAAUAUGUUUGACAGGUUUAAUGAAGCCAAUUUAAUUAAGUUGAGGCUGCAGUUGCUUCCAGACUCGGGUGUUACCUGAGGCUCUUGUAUUUCGUCGCCUUUUUUAUUUCUUUCCCGUCAUCUCUCCGUCUCAGGGAUAGACAGCCUCUGCUAUCAUUUCUUUGCCACGUGUGAGCUGCAGCUCGUUAUACGCUGAAGUGGCCUUUAGCAUGAGAGAAGUUAACUGUUAAAAAGUCCCGGCUGGAUCAAAGACCUGGAAAGGAUUUGGAGCGGACUAGCCAAGGGAAGAGAGCCUGGGCCUGCUCAUUUCUAUAGACACUGCCCGGCCCAGGGCGUUCCAGUCCAGGUCUUCCUGAAGCUGAGGUCCGCAGGUUUGCGUUCCAGCUGAGCUCUUGUUUGUUUUAACUGGAUCCCGCAUUGCACUUUCCACUUGGUUCCAAACCUAAAAAAAACAGUUCAGAAAGGUUGAUGCGAGAUGUGAACUCGCCUGACGACGUUCUCGCGUCCCUCGAAAAGUGCCACUUCGUCGGAGCAGCAAAAUGAGGAAGGUCUAAUUUGUUGUUUUAUUAGCUUAUUGCAGGGGCUUAACUAAGUAGCCCAGAGUCUGGCUGGAAAGAAAACCUGCGGAUGUUUGGGGGGCACCGGUAACAAGAUUUGGGAUUCCUGUUCUGUCCGGGAAUUCCUCGGAAUUCUCCUCCUGUGAGAACAUGAAGCCUGC